AUGGUUCGAUCUCUUGCUCUUCUCGCCGGCGCUGUUGUCGCUGUCGCCGCCCAGACUACCACCGUCGAGUUCUUCCUCCCUGGAUACGAUGAUCAGAUUCUCGAGGGUUCCGUUGUUGCCGUCAAGGGUGACGCGACUACCAUGGCUAUCAACUGCCCCAAGGGAGUCGACUCUAGCGAAUGUGGCAUCAUGGACACCAGCACUAUUAUCGGUGGCCCCUCUACCAUGGAGAUGGUCUACUACUACGAGCCUGAUGAGGAGUUCGGUGGUGGCAAGAUUGACCAAAACAUUGGCUGCAAGCUGAACCCCAAGGACGAUGUGGCCAUCUGCUCCAUCGACGCUACCAACGUCAUGUCUGGUUUGACCGAGUCCAUGGCUACCACCACUGCUCUCAGUGGCUACAAGCAACUCCUCAUGCCCAUCACUGUUACCGCUGGUGCCGAUAAGCUCAAGGACGAUGGCUCUGCUCCCGCUUCUGCCACUGGCUCCGCGGCUACUACUGCCGACAAGCCCAAGGCCACCGGCGCCCAGGCUACCGAGACUACCUCUGCUUCUGCUUCUGACGCUACUUCCACUCCCGCCGCCGUCACCGACAACGCUGCUGGUCCCAUGGUCACCCAGAACGUCUUCCUGGUCGCCGCCGCUGUUGUUGGUGGUGCUGCCAUGCUUCUGUAA